ACGAGGUUUACAAAAAACUUGAAUUUAGGUUAUGUGAAUUUUGAAAACCGUUUUUCUUUGUAAAUGUGACAGAAGAGAAUCCUGAAAAUGUGACUAUAUAUGUAAAGCCAUUGUAAUUGCUAGGCGUUUAAAACAAAACAAAGAAAUAAGCGAGUGUCGAUCAAAUAUGGCCACAAAAGAACCAGCGGAUACUAAUACAUCAAACGACUCAACCACGGCUGAAGGUGAAUGUAAGACUGAACUUGUUGAUAAGGAAAAAGAAUGGAAGAGUUGCUUGGAUGCAAUAAAGCAAGCUAUUUCAAAAGACAAAAUGUUGGCACUGCAUUGCGAAGGUGACAACCUUUCACGAAAAGGUAAAAUGCAAUUUCUUACCAUUGCGACGCGUGAGAAGGCAUAUGUCUUUGACAUACAGAAACUAAAAAUGCUGCCAUUUGAAAAUGGACUACGAGAAAUAUUAGAAGACAAAAAUGUGAUGAAGUUGAUGUUUGAUUGUAGGGAAGAUGCAGAUGCUUUGUUCCACCAGUUUCACGUGAAACUUAACGGUGUUCUCGACAUUCAAUUGCUAGAGAUAAUGAAAAGGCCACAGUUUAAGAAACACGGGAUAAAUAGGAAAAGAGGCAAUUACACCACUUUCGAUGCGGUUGAUCUGAAAAGUAUUUCGGAAUGCAUGACAGAGUAUAUCAUAUCCGACAACAUGACCAAAGGAAGGAGAGAGGGAGUGGGGAGAAAAAGUAAAUGGGAAAACCGACAUCUAACGGUUGAUCAGAUGAAAAUGAUAUAUCCGAAAAACAAGGUAUUGUCUAUAUUUUGCCUGUUUGAUCUCUUUGAACCCGUCGGUGAAGGAAUGAAAAGGCUAAAUAUUGCAUCACGGAUUUAUGUAGACUUAAAAAGGUCUAUUCCAAGCCGUGAGUACAACGAUUUCGAAAACAACCGGUAUCUUCCAGUGGAUGUAAUUCCAGAUAAAGGAUCUGUUAGUUUUCCAGUAGGAAAUAUUUCGUGUAAAACAUGUCAUCGCAGGUUCCCACAAGAUGAAUUUUCCAAUUAUGAGUUAAAAACCAACAACCAGAUGUGUAGAAUAUGCAAAAAGGUAAAGAAUGACAAUGACGUAUACCAGAACAGGCUGAACCGGUGGGGAGAAUACAGAGGAUUGUAUAAUGAUUCCACUACAAAUGAUUCCACUACAAAUGAUUCCACUACAGAUGAUUUCACUACAAAUGAUUCAACUACAGAUGAUUUCACUACAAAUGAUUCCACCACAGAUGAUUUUACUACAAAUGAUUCCACUACAGAUGAUUUCACUACAAAUGAUUCCACUACAAAUGAUUCCACUACAAAUGAUUUCACUUCAGAUGAUUCCACUACAAAUGAUUCCACUACAGAAGAUUUCACUUCAGAUGAUUCCACUACAGAUGAUUCCACUUCAAAUGAUUCCACUACAGUUAAUUUCACUACAGAUGGUUCCACUAUAAGUGAUUUCUCUACAGAUUAUUCCACUACAGAUGAUUCCACUACAAAUGAUUCCACUACAGAUGAUUUCACUACAAAUGAUUUCACUACAAAUGAUUCCACUACAAAUGAUUCCACUACAGAUGAUUUCACUAUAGAUGAUUUAGAUGAUUUCACUACAGAUGAUUUCACUACAGAUGCUUUCACUACAGAUGAUGACAUUGACGAGUUUGAUUACAAUGACCCCAUUGACAAUUUGACUGAAGAGUUUUAUUUUUAUAUGGGAGCCCUUUGUAAGAAGUGAUUUAUACUAGGGAUGCAAUCGAAUAUUCGAAUAUUCGAAUAUUCGAUCGAACGUUUGGUAUUCGAAUGUCAAAAUAGGUAUUCGAAUAUUCGAUGUUUUUGUUGAAAUAAUAAAUUAAUACACUUUUUGCCUACAACUGUCAUCUUCGUCUGUCUUGUUGUUACAACGACCCCUAAUGCCAUAGGUGUGAACUUGAUGACACUAUACACGCGUCAUAUCGGAUAUAUCGCCGGGAGCUAUAAACAGUCCCCGUAAUUUUGCAUUUACUGGCUGUUAGACAAGUGACAUAAAACACAUUCCAAUUAUUUUGGGUACAUUUAAAUGACCAUGCCAAUUAAGAGUUUAAGAGAUCGGCCUUUAUACCAAUGUUUUGUCUUCAUUGCUAAUCAAGCUUGGCGAUAUUGCUCAAAUCGCCUUGAUGAUACGAAGGACAUGUGCUAGUUACUGUUUCCAUGUUUUCAAUAUAACGCUCUUGCGUACAAAAAUUAACUGAAAGUGAAUGGUUUAACGUUUAAGGAUAUCUGUCCUGUAUUGUUGUACAAUACCUAAGACAAAAGCGACGUUUAGACAUGGUGUCGUUUUCUAUAAAUAUAUUUCGUAAACAUCAAUCCCAGAACGAGGCUGCAAGUCCCACGUUGGCGCAUAUCGUCAUUUAACCGGGACAAACGCAAUUCCCUGAUCUUAUUUUGCAUUUUUUACAAAAAUGAACGCAGAGGUUGUUUUUUUUUAUAAAGAUAUAUUGCUUUUUCUUGGGAUAUAUUUUGUAAAUGGAAAAUUCAGAGGCUAAUUUGUGGAACAAUAAGGGUCCGUCGCGUGUACCGAAUACGACCAGGAAGGGUAACAGGGCCCCCACUAUUACUUUAGUGAAUAAUAAUAGUUUACUACAAUUCUUAAAGGUUCAUUUUGGUGUUCGAAUAUUCGAAUAUUCGAUCGAAAGAAUUACCGAAUAUUCGAAUAUCACUUAUGCCAUUCGUUUGCAUCCCUAAUUUAU